CGCCGGCCGCGACACUAGUCCGCGAGCCGCCGUCGCGAGCGCACGCGUUGUGAGUGAGUGAUCUACAAAAUGGUGCGGAGCCUCUCACAGUGGACCAAGACCCUCAGCUUCCCGGCCAGGCUGUCGCCCAACAGGACCUCCAAAGACGGGGUCAAUGGCCAAACCUCCCCCGGGGUGUCUCCCACGCCGAGCGCCUCGUCGCUCCCCCAGGGAUCCGAGAAAACUAUCUCCCCCAUCCCCAUCACGGAGAUCAGCCAAAUAAUAUACCCAGAUCCAGAGUCGGAGAAGGCGAUUAUGGGAUCUGUGGUGUACUGCAUCCAUCACAAGGAAGGAUGCCAGUGGUCCGACGAACUACGCAAAUUGAAGGCGCACCUCAACACGUGCAAGCACGACGCGGUGCUAUGCGCGGCGCAGUGCGGGGCCAUGAUCCCUCGCGUGCUGAUGCAGGACCACCUGCGGUACACCUGCCCGCGGCGCCGCGCCAACUGCGAGCACUGUCAUAAGGAGUUCUCGGGGAGCGCUCUUGAGGAGCACCAAGGCAACUGCGGACACGAGCCGGUCUACUGCGAGAACAAGUGCGGAGCCAAGGUCCAGAGGCGCCACACGCAGCAGCAUAUCCAGCAGCACUGCAGCAAGAGGCUGGUGCCUUGCAGGCAUUGCGGGCAGAGGUAUACACAGGACACAGUAACCGCGCACGGGGCAACUUGCGCGCGCGCACCCGUCCCGUGCCCGCAGCGGUGCGCGGCCGCGCCCGUGCCGCGCGAUGAGUUAGACGCGCACCUGCGCGAUCACUGCGCGGCCGCUGGCGUCGCGUGCGCGUUCAGAGACGCCGGGUGCAGGUUUAAGGGCACAAGACAAGCUCUCGACAGGCAUACAGAAGACAGCUGCCAGCAACACCUUGCCCUCGUCUCCGCUUUAGCCACAAGACAAGCCAGACAGCUGGAGUCCCUCCGAGCAGCAGUGGCACGACUCUCAGUCAACUGCUCUGGCGCACUCGUCUGGAGGAUAACGGACUGGGCUGCCAAGAUGGCGGAGGCGAAAUGCAAAGAUGGCGUCGAACUCCUGUCACCCAUGUUCUACACAAGCCAGCAUGGAUACAAAUUGCAGGCGUCUCUAUUCCUGAACGGCAACGGAGCUGGCGAGGGAACCCACAUGUCGGUCUACAUCAAGAUUCUGCCAGGAGAGUACGACGCUCUACUCCGCUGGCCUUUCUCCCACACCGUAUCCUUCACACUCUUCGACCAGAGCUCGAGUCCCGACCGCGCCUGCAAUAUCGUGGAGAGCUUCGUCCCUGACCCCACGUGGAAGAACUUCCAAAGACCAUCCAAGGAACCUGACGCACUAGGCUUCGGCUUCCCUAGAUUCGUCUCCCACGAAAUGCUCAAGAAAAGGAACUUCGUCAAAGAUGACGUCAUGUUCCUCAGGGUCAAAGUAGACCCAAGCAAAAUCGUCGCCGUAUAAUCUAGAUCUGUAAUCACUCCAAAUAUUGACUGCCAUUUUCUCUGGACGUUAGGUUACGAAUUCUGUUCAUACCCAAUUUUGUGCUCUUAGGGAAAGCUAGAGGAAACUAAUUAGGUUCUAAGUUUUAAACUAAAGAUAACUUACCAAUAAGUUAGUAAUCGGCUGACUUCAGCGCACAAGAACUAAGAACAGUCAUUGUUAUCUAGUAUUAAGUAAUUUAAAAGUCAUAGAUCGUAAGUUGUACAUAGUGAUUUCUUAAGAUACUUUGAUGAUAGUUGUAUAAAUUGUAAAUAGUUAAGUUUAGACGCGCAUACGCUGCAUUGUUAUCCUUUCACUGAAGAUCUCUUGAGUUUCAUUGCCGCCAGAAGAACGUAACAAUCUGAGCAUUGUUUCAAAGACCGCACUAUCUAAUGCUUCAUCAGCAGAGCAGUGAGAGUUGCUUAACAAGUUUCGACUCAAUUUCUUGAAAAUUAGGAGUUAAGUUACUUUAGCUGCGCUCCGUACACCGACAUGCGUUCUAAACCGUGCCAUAUUUAAAACUAAAGUAAGAUACACACAUUUUUAUAGGGUACUGCAAAAACUGUGUGUAAUUUAGUUAAAACAGUAGUUCAAACGCGUUUUUGGUUGCCUUGUCAAAGUAAAGUUAAAGGCUCUUUGAAAAAUGCUUUGAACGGUUCAUUAACAUAGACUUACACUUUGAGACAUGUUUAGUUUUGUUAUUCGGCAGAUCUUUGUAAAUACUCUCUGUUUGCGAGUUAAUUUAUCAAAAAGUUUUUGUUGAAAUUUAUUGUAAAUAUUUUCUUUUCAAGAGCACUAUAUUUGUACAUGUACAUAGACGUUUAAAAUAUAAAGAGGAAGAUGCUUUUCAUAUCUGUUUACAAGCUGGAGUUAGACCAAAGUGUUUUGAUGACUUUGCACAAAAUCGAAAAAAAAUCCAUUUGUACAUUCACUUUGCAAAGUUGAUCAACAUAAAUGUAUAACACGGCUAAAGCUGUAUGUAAUUAUGUUUUUGUAUUACGCGAAAUAUGUUAGACAUAUACUAUGUAAGCUUGUUUUCGAAAUGGUCUCGUGUGUGUUUUCUAUUUUAGACUUUAAAACAUGCCUAGUAAAGUACAUUAAUUAAAAAAUAUUUCUUAUUUUACAACGAAAAGUUAAGACAAUUUUUAUGUGUAUGUGAAAAAAUUAACAACAUUUUGAUGAUGUUAUCUUCCUGAAGGCUCAGAUCUCUUAAACGCUUUUAAUGUAUUAAAUCUCAAUGUAAAACAACAUUCCAGUUUAAAAACAUAAUUUUAAGUCUGGCUUUCACUAAUCUUUAACAGACUAAAAUAUGAGAACAACUAAAAAUAAAAACAUUAGUGUUUAGUAAUACCAGACUU